AUGGUACUUCUCUCGUACUAAGAUCCAGAGUUUUACUGUUUUUCCAAGCAGCAGUCUGCUGCACCUGGACCAGCGGCUGUGAAGGGGGCCCGGCCUUGGUCAGUGGAUUUUUUACAUCUUUUCUUUUUCUUUGUCUUUUAAGGAAAGGUCUGGUGAAGGAACAUCCAAGCAUUACACAUGCUGAUGUCGAGUCACAAGCAUGUAUAAUAUACAAUUCCCAGGCCGUAGGUAGGCGGGUCUCGGGUGGGAGGCAUAGUCAGCGUAUCAUAUUCUGGCUGGACGUGCUUGGAGUCGCAAGCCGCUGAACACAGAGUAUUUAUCGAGCAUGAAGGUCUAGAAGCACGUUCGUGCAUUGAGAUUGCGGGAAUUAUUUUCCACUAAGGGGGGGGGGGCCUGCAAGCAAAUACAAAUUGACUGUGAAGUUUGUUACUGAUGUGUGGCCACUCUGUGAACCGAGAGGCGCUGCAGCCUCUAAGCAAGAUAUGUAAAUGGUGCUUUUUUCGUAGUUAACGACACAGUGAAACUUUCUCUUCCAGUUUCUCCAUCAUCAAACAAACAACUACAUUAGUCUACACCAGGGUGGGCAAAGAUCUUUGGACCGUCCCUUCAGCCAAAAUUUGAAAUGCAUUUGAUUUCAUUUUUUAUUUAGUCAGCCUUGGUUAAUUUCAUUGAAAUUUAUUUUAUCAAGCACAACAGCGCCAGUCCGACAUCUUUAUGAGCUAUUAAGACGAGUCAGCAGUCAAGUCGCCGAGUGUUUGACACUAUCCACUACCAGUAUGCCCUCAGACUCGUCAACUCUUUCCCUGGUAAGAUAAGAUGGUGAAGCAAAGGCGAACCGCUCAUUGAUUCACGUAUACUAAAGUUGACACUCUUACACAGAUGACGCAAAUAACAACAUGCAACAAACAAACAAAGACGACGCUAGAAAUACACUGAACAACUAACACUGCUCCACAAGCAUAUGACCAACAAAACACUUUAUCAGACAUAGAAAAGGCUUCUGGUUCUGGAAACAGCUCUCAGAACAGACAAUGUACAUGGUGUAAUUAAGUCCAUUUCACAUGCGCCGCUACUAAUGUGCUUUACUUACCGUGCUGCUCGCCAACUGUUGUGCGCAGACACUAUUUCUACAAGUGAUGCAAUGAACCCGUUAUCAGUGGGUGCUUCCUAUCUAUAAUUGCGUCUGAUGGUGACAGGACUGUACAGUUAGCUGCGUGUGUUGAGAAGCAGACGACCGUCCACGAGCUGCGUGCCUUUGGUUUGUACCAAGACUGAGGAACCCGUGAGUCGCCAUCGGGUUUCUUUCUCGCGAAACGACGCAGUGGUGUCACACCUUCCUUGGUUCAAGACAGAAAUAACAGCUCACAAGACAAGAGCUGCUAACAAUGGAAGACUUUUGCAACGGAGAACCAUUCUGGGACGUGAACCUGACGUGGAACGGCGACUGGCCGCAGUUCACCGAGUGUUUCCAGGACACCGCCCUAGUGUGGACUACCUGCGGUUACCUGUGGUUUGUGACACUGUUCUAUGUCUUCUACCUCGGCAGCAGACCCGACAUUCCAGCUCCUGUCACAAAACUCUUCACCGCAAAAUUGUUUGCAUGCGGUGCUCUGUUCAUUCUGAGACUUGUCCAGCUGCUUCGCACCUUCGAAUCUUCAGAGACUGCAUCGACGGCAGAACUAACCUCCUACGCUUUGCAUCUAGCAACACUACUGCUGGCAGCAAGUCUGAUAAUAUUGGAAAGAAAGAAAGGACUAGUGACAUCCCCUGUGCUAUUUGGCUUCUGGAUUAUUUCCGUGCUGGCAAACAUUAUUCCAUUCUACUCAAAAAUAAAACUACAGGAAAAUGUUGACAACAUCUUCAACUUCAUGCUGUUUUACGUUAUAUAUGGAUGUACCCUCGUCGCACUUAUCAUUUUCUGCUUCGCCGAAGACAUUCCUCCAGGAACCUUCAAUACGAAUGGAAACCCAGAGGUGAAAGCUUCGACGCUGUCCAGGAUUACAUUUUGGUGGAUAAAUAGGCUCGUGAUCCAGGGCUACAAGGGUCUGAAAGAAAAGGACCUCAUUCCUCUGAAUCCAAGAGACACAACUGCUGAAAACGUCCCCAUCUUCCAAUCCCACCUGAGGAAAGAGCUCGAGAAGAACAAGGCUGGCCUCAAAGAAACAUUGGAAAACAGCUGGUACACGACCUCGAAGAAGUACACGGGUGUGAAAUACAAGAAGCUGCCCGACGAGAAGUCGCCCCUGCUUGCCGAGCACAACGGGGUGGCGUUUGAAAAGAGCGAUGCGCAUAAAGCAGGCGCUGGUGAUAAGGCUAGCAACAAAGACACUCAACGGAAAGGCAAAGCUUCCAUCCUCACCGUGGUCCUCAAGACCUUUUGGGUGCAAAUACUCUGUUGCCAGUCUGUGAUGGUUCCUUACACGGCAGCAGUUUUACUUAACCCCCUUAUUUUGAGGGAGAUGAUAAAUUUCACAUCAAACCUGGAGGAAGCAACGUGGAAAGGUUACGUCUAUGCAUGUGGCAUGUUUGCGAUGUCGACUCUACAGUCAGUGUGUAUGCAAGUGUGCAUGUUCUACACCACCACUCUCUCCACCCGCAUCAGCGCCUCCCUGACGUCAGCUGUGUACAGAAAGGCGCUGACAAUGAACAGUGAGGCUCGGCGGGAGUCGACAGUCGGUGAGAUCGUGAACCUCAUGUCCGUGGACUCCCGCAACGUGGAGAUGUACGUGACCUACUCCUUCUGGAUGUGGAUGAGUCCUGUACAGAUGGUCAUCGCCGUCUACCUUCUCUACACCGUCGUCGGAGUUUCCAUGUUCGCAGGUCUGGCGUUCAUGGUCCUUCUGUUUACCGUUAACACUUACCUUCUAAACAAGAUGCGCAUCUACCAGAAAGCAGCCAUGACCAUCAGAGACAAGAGAGUCAAGGUCCUCAACGAGGUGCUUAACGGAAUAAAGAUUUUAAAGCUGUACGCCUGGGAGCCAUCAUUCCAGGAGAGAGUAACGGACAUCAGAGACCAGGAGCUAAAACAACUGCUCAAGUCGUCCUUAGUGGAUUCUUUCCUGUCUUUCGCCUGGACCGCCGCCGUCUACUGGAUGACUCUGUUUACUUACAUGACCUUUGUCCUUGUGGAUGACUCACACUACCUGGAUGCCUCCACAAGCUUCGUAGCCUUGUCCUACUUCAACGUCAUCCGACUGGCCCUCAAUGUCAUGCCGGCGAUGAUCAAAGAGGGCAUAAAGUGUAUCGUCUCACUGGGCCGUAUCAACAACUACAUCAACAGCGAAGACUUGGACACCUCAAAUGUGUCACGUGAGACGAGAGAUGAGUACGCAGUGAAAGUUGAAGAUGGCAUUUUUGCGUGGAGCAGGAAAGACGCCCCCACACUGAAACAAAUCAAUGUCAAGGUGAAGAGAGGAGGUCUUGUGGCAGUCGUCGGUCAGGUGGGGGCUGGCAAGUCCUCGCUGAUUUCGGCCAUGUUGGGGGAGAUGGAGACACUGCAAGGUCACGUGAACAUCAGUGGAUCAGUGGCCUACGUCCCGCAGCAGGCCUGGAUCCAGAACGAGACUCUGCGCAGCAACAUUCUCUUUGGCGCCGAUAUGGAUGAGAGGAAAUACCAGAAUGUUUUAGACGCAUGCGCACUGAAACCUGAUCUGGAAAUACUCGCUGCUGGAGAUUUGACUGAAAUAGGAGAAAAGGGCAUCAAUCUGAGCGGUGGCCAGAAACAGCGGGUGUCUGUCGCACGGGCCGUGUACAGUGACGCUGAUGUCGUUCUACUCGACGACCCACUUUCGGCAGUGGACAGUCACGUGGGCAAGCACAUCUUCUCCAAAGUUAUUGGCCAUGGCGGACUUCUCGACGGAAAGACGCGAAUCCUGGUGACGCACGGCCUGCAGUGGCUGCCCAAGGUGGACAGCAUCUUGGUGAUGACGGACGGGCGGAUCUCGGAGAUGGGGACCUACAACGAGCUGCUGUCACACAACGGCGCCUUCGCACAGUUCCUUACCACCUACCUCACGCAGCAGGACGAGUCAGAAGACGACGAGGACGACGAGGAAGCGCAGACUGUCAGGCGGCAGAUUUUGCAAAGACUGGUGAGCGUCCAUUCUGACAGUGAAGCGUCUGGAGAUGAGAAAUCCAAAGAUCAGCUUUUGGAGAGAUUCAGGAGGGAGUCUGAAAGCAGCCAGAAGAAAGACAGGAGGAAGAAGCAUGACUCACUGUCUAGUGCAUUCUCAGCCAGCUACCAACGGCAGACGAGCGAGAAGAAAGCACUGAAAGAGAAAGAAGAGGAGGCUCCAGACAAAAGCAGGCUCGUUACGGAAGAAGAGGUCGAGUCAGGAAGGGUCAACUGGGGUGUUUACAUAGACCUAGCCAGAGCGAUGGGCCUGAAGUAUGCAUCCAUCAUGCUGCUCUUCUUCACCAUCUACAAUGCAGCAUCCCUGGGAAGCAACCUGUGGCUGAGCGAGUGGACGGACGACACGGAGUUGGCCAACGCGUCUUUGCCGGCCGACAGUGACCGUCGCCGACAGCUCAACGACUUCUACCUUGGCCUGUACGCUGGUCUGGGCAUCGCACAGACUGUCUUUGUCAUUGUCUACGCUGUCAUCAUGGCCUUUCGUCGCAUCCACGCCGCCCGAACGCUGCACCGCUCGAUGCUGGUGCGACUGCUCCGAGCGCCCAUGUCGUUCUUCGACACCACACCGGUGGGCAGGAUCCUCAACCGCUUCUCGCAGGAUAUGGACAUGGUGGACGGCGAACUCUGCGUUUUCAUUGAGAUUUGGGUAGACAGUCUAGAGAAGGUUCUAAGCACAGUCAUCGCCAUUAGCUAUACCACGCCCAUCUUCCUGGCCGUAUUCGCCCCUGCCUUCGUCAUCUACUACUUCAUUCUGCGCUUCUACAUUGGCACUUCGUGCCAGCUUCGCCGCCUGCAGUCCAAGCUGCGGUCGCCCAUCUACAAUCAUUUCAGUGAGACUCUGUCCGGCGCCCACGUCAUCCGCGCCUACGGGGCCCAGCAGCGCUUCGCGGCGGAUUCCGAACACAAGGUGGACGCCUGCCAGACCUGCAACUACAAUUCCAACGGUGCAAACAGAUGGUUGGGAGUUCGUCUCGACUUCAUCGGUUCCAUCUUGAUUCUGGCUGCUGCCACUUUUACUGUGAUAUCACGGAACACCUUGUCAGCUGGCAUCGUGGGGCUGUCUUUGUCGUACGCCAUGGAGGUGACAGGUAAGCUGAACUUGUUGGUGAGAAUUUCCACGGAAGUAGAGACCAACAUCGUUGCAGUUGAAAGGAUAGGGCAGUACACCAAAGUUCCCAAUGAGGCGCCGUGGUCUGUCGUCCCUAGGCCCCGACCGGACUGGCCUCAAUAUGGCAACGUGCGUUACAAUAACUACAGCACGCGCUACCGACCCGGCCUCGACCUCGUCCUCCGUGACCUCAACUGUGAAAUCCGGUCAGGCGAGAAGAUAGGAAUCGUGGGACGAACAGGAGCAGGCAAGUCGUCAAUGACUUUGUCCCUCUUCCGCCUUGUGGAAGCAGCCGGCGGACAGAUUCUAGUGGACGACGUUGACAUCGGGACCAUUGGAUUGCACGAGCUUCGCCAGAAAAUCACCAUUUUGCCUCAGGAUCCUGUCUUGUUUGACGGAACCCUUCGGAUGAACCUUGACCCCUUUGACAUGUACACUGAUGAGCAAAUCUGGAAAGUACUAGAGCAGGCUCAUCUCAAGAACUUUGUCCAGGAUCUGUCCGAUGGCUUGGGUCAUCUAUGUGGAGAAGGGGGUGCAAGCCUCAGUGUCGGCCAGAGGCAGCUGCUGUGUUUAGCCCGCACGCUUUUACGAAAGACCAAGAUCUUGGUCCUCGACGAAGCCACCGCAGCAGUGGACAUGGAAACCGAUGAUCUCAUCCAACAGACCAUCCGAAGAGAAUUUGCGGAAUGCACGAUACUGACGAUAGCCCAUAGACUAAACACUGUUAUGGACUAUGACAGGAUUAUGGUGAUGGACGGAGGACGGGUGUGUGAAUUUGACAGCCCCUCCCACCUCCUCGAAGACACUAGCAGUAUGUUCUACUCUAUGGCCAAAGAUGCGGGUUUAGUCUGACUCUCGCAGCAGUCGGGUCGGUUGCCAUGACAACCUUCAGACUUUUGUGCGUCGGUGAAUGCAUGGUGCGUGUGUGAAUGCCUGCAUGCACGCUGUUUUAUUUGAAUGUGUUUCAAUCUGUGUACACAUGUGCACACAUGGGAUCUGAAUGCAUCUUGAAGGAGUUGGUCACAGUGUCACGUGGUAUUCGGCAAACCUGUGAUGCUGUGGUUGUACUAAAUAGUUGUUUAGUAGACCAGAAGACUGUCAGUUUAUUUUCCGAUUUUGAAAGAUAUUCUAUGUGACCAUUUGGCAUAAAGAAAGGAAAGGAACUAAUAUCGCACUUGAAAAAUGCUUUAUAUUGGGUUGAGUGGUUUUUCACAUUUAAUUCCAUCUGCCUUUCAACCGACACUAUUAUUGAGAGCGUCCGGGCUUUACACACUGUCCUUACCGUUUUGCGAUAUUACAGACAACUCUAUAUCUAUUUUCUACCUGUCUUUUCACGUGUGAAUGGGUGAGACAGAAACCCAUGGUUUAGAAGCGAUAUAUAUAUAUAUUGUCUCUCCGGGUUGUAUCAUUUUUCCUUUGUAAGCCAGUUUUUUCACUCACUGGCAAUCCAGACAUGCUUUAUAUGAAAAAUGACUAACCUCCCACCUUUCUCUGCUGACCAUAUCCUAUUUCUCCAUAUCUACAUAAUCAGAAGGGUUUUCCGCUGCCACAGUCGUUGUGACAGAUCAGCUUCAUUGCCAGCAAUCUGUCAUUCCAAAUAUAUUACCCACGAUGAUAAUUUUGUUUAAACAGACAUCUAAAUUAUUAUUGAUUUAACUAAUUAUUAUUAUUUUUGACUUAUUGUAGUGUCUUAAUACCAAGUAAAUCGUGGUAAGUCCGACGUAUAUUAUUAUGAUAGUGUUUGUGUACCAGAUGAAAUGUGUGAACAAAAAGAUUUCACACAAAAAGAAAAUUUUUCAUGAAUGUCGCAACGUCAGACCUGAUUUUUCUGGAGCAGUUUUAUGCUCGAAAUUUUUUCAAUUCAUUGUCAUAAGUCGUGUUACAAGUGUCAUCGUUUGAAGCCACAAAUACUUUAUAUACAUAGUUCAGUUUUUCUUGAACUGUACUUCUGUUUUUCUUGACAUCUAUCUUCUGACAUAACAUCACAUACUGGUUUCCUGCUGACAUAUGUCAUGUGUUUAUGUAAGAAUGCUUUUGAUAUACCAAACAUUUGGUGAAGGCGAUGUAUCAAAAUGUUUGUGUUAAAAACUUUUUUAGUGUCAAAUUUUAACACUUUUACACAUUCGUUAAGUUAUUGCUGAAAGCAUUCUUUUAAAGCUUUCUUCUCAGGAAUACAAUUGUAUAUCAUGGUAUUGUAGAAUACUAUAACACACUUGUGCCUGUUCUUGAAUUUUAUCAAAUAAAUAAAUGGAAAGAAACCUCAAA